CGCUCGCCUCUGGGGCUACCGCCGCCCCAGACCAAGAGACGCCGGGAGCGGGAGGCGCUCGGCUGGGAUGGCAGCCGGCGCAGCGCGGGGCUGAAGCCCGACCGGGCCCCACUCCCGCCCCGCCAUGGCCAAGCAAUACGACGUGCUCUUUCGCCUGCUGCUCAUCGGGGACUCCGGCGUGGGCAAGACCUGCUUGUUGUGCCGCUUCACCGACAACGAGUUCCACCCUUCGCACAUCUCCACCAUCGGAGUUGAUUUUAAAAUGAAGACUAUAGAAGUAGAUGGAAUUAAGGUCCGAAUCCAGAUCUGGGACACUGCAGGCCAGGAACGGUACCAAACUAUCACUAAGCAGUACUACAGACGUGCCCAGGGGAUAUUUUUGGUUUACGACAUUAGCAGUGAGCGCUCAUAUCAGCACAUAAUGAAAUGGGCCAGCGAUGUGGACGAAUAUGCUCCAGACGGUGUCCAGAAGAUCCUCAUUGGGAAUAAAGCAGAUGAGGAGCAGAAGAGGCAGGUGGGCCGAGAGCAAGGCCUCCAGCUAGCUAAGGAAUAUGGCAUGGAUUUCUAUGAAACAAGUGCCUGUACCAACUUGAACAUCAAAGAGUCUUUCACCCGUCUGACGGAGCUGGUCCUGCAGGCUCAUAAGAAGGAGCUGGAUGGACUCCGCACUUAUGCAGCCGAUGAACUGAAUGUGGUCGAGCUGGAAGAAGAAGCAAGCAAGCCGGAGGGCUCAGAGCACUCUCCCAAAACCUGCUGGUGUUGAAAGCCUCCCAGCGUCCUUUCCCCCCACACCCCCAGUGCAGGUAGAAAAGUUGCCACUUAGAGAGGGCUGACUCGCUGUACUCUACCCCUCUUGUCUUUGGUUGCCAGUUUGCCCGCCAUCUGCCCUGUGGGAUCCUCUUUGCAUUUCCUGGUGUUUUUCCUUGAUCGGUGGUUUCUGUUGCCCUCAAACUCCCUGGAUCCAAAUAUCUUCAGAUGGCUCACAAUAGGCAGAACAUGAUCCUGCUGCCUUCGUGGGAGAGCUGUGGUUAGCAGACACAGCCGAGGCUUGUCCAAUAAUUCAUCAGACUCCAGAUUCUCUGAAGUCUUGCCUAUAUCUGUGGGCAACCUGCUUGGGGCUAGGCCUGCUCCCUAAGAAUGGGAGGAGGAGGAGCCUCUCUGUCCUCCAGCCACAUCUUCUAUAGCAAGCCUGUAGAUGGCUUUUUUCCUCCACGUGCUUUGCCAUCUCCUUUCUGGGUUUGUCCAAAUGCUUGUGUAGCAUUGCACACGGGCUCGGGGCUCGGGGCUUUCCAGCUGCUUUAGGUGCAGCUUUCUUAUUUCUCCUACUGGGUUCCCUGAAAUUAAUCUCCGCACAAAACAAACAAAAGACCUCUUGUUCUGCUAGGUUGCAGCUUUGGGAAUAAGAAUCUCUCCCUAGAGAAAAGGGACCCUAUGUGUAAAUUUGCACCUUUUUAGCUGUUCAUAAGGUUUGCCUCUUCCCAGGCUAGAUUUCCAUUCUAGACUACAUUAGAGCCCACUGUUAAAGGGCAAUCAGGAAGACCCUUUUCUGUGAUUAACUCCAAAACUACAGGAAACUUUCCAUUCUGUGUAUUUUUGGAGGACCUCAGUUAAUCAGGUAUUAUCGACUUAAAUCUUAAUAUCUCCGGACCAGCAGAAAUUCCACUCUCUGUGGCCUGUGUCCAGAUGUGGCUUUGAUUGCCUCCUUUGAUUGAUAUCCCUGGAGCUCUGAUCAAGGAACAAAUUUUGUAAUCUGUGCGUCAGAACUUUAUCGUUUCUUGCUUUCAAGGUCUAACUUGUAGGAAGCUUGCUCUAAACUCAUUUAUGUCCUCUGUUUAGAAUUUUCUCUGCAAGCUCUUGAAAUUUAGUCUAGUACAUUCAGAGGGCAAGGAGAUUUUUGCCAUGUGCCACUAACAUGUUAAGUUACAACAGACUAAAACCAGCCUCUCUGCAUGUUGCACCAGCAUUGCCCUCUUGUCUUGGCAUUUACUUGCUUGGUGGGGGGAAGCCUAACACAUUCAGUGGCAUGCCUGGUACUCUUAUAUGCCACCUGUUCCAGGGUAGCAGUUCUUUGCCAAAUCCAUGGAGCUGCUAAGAUACCUCUCUUAUAUAUGUACUAGCAAUGGACCAUAGCUGAUAUUCCACAAAGAGCAGUUGUUUACUGGAGGUUUUGGGUGAAUGUGGAAUGAUAGUUUGGGAGUCCUUCUUUACUUGGCCUUCAGCAUAUGACUUUAGCCAAAGCCGUUCAGUCCAUUCCAAAUGGAUAUUUUGGCAUUUGCUGCUAGAUAAACUGUCCCUUUCUAACAAAAGUUGGAUGAGAAAUGGAUCCAUAUUCCUUUGCUCUUUUCCUUCUUCUUUAUGGGGGAAGCAGUAUCAAAUAGUGAAAGAUAGGAACAGUGAGAAUGGCAUAGAGUGGAAAUAAUGUUAGUUGACAUGACAAGUCAACAACAAGGAACCCGAGUUCUAGAGAUUACUGAACAACAGUUUUAAGUAUCCCUGUUUAUGUCACCUGGGCAGGUUCCCGGAAGGUCAUAAAUCCCUCUCUCCAAUGUCUCCUGAAAGGUAGAGGGUGUUGAAACUCUGAAAAGCUUUCACAAGUGUUAUUUUGAAAUAGCUUGUUUGACCUUUUUCCUUGGGUUGGAUGGAUUUGAACUGGUAUCAAGCCAUUACAAUAAGUGGAAACACUGAUAUUCUACCCAACAGUGCCUGUUACUGGCACAAGGACUCUUGUGCUAUAGAUUGCUGAGGGAGACUACAAAUUUUACAGUUGCUGGUUUCAUAGGGGAAACUAUACUUCUUGCCAGAACUAGUUUGAUACUUGAGAAAUUGUAGUCACAGACAUACACAUAGCUAUUAAUUUAUUGUAGCUUUAUUGGGACCCAAAGUAUGUUGUAAAGGUCGGGUUGUAGUGAAGAGUCUGAGAACCUUUAAGUCUGUCAUGGGGUAGGAAAAAGGAAAAGACCGAAGAAAAUGGGACCGAAGAAGAAGCAUUGGUUUUAUUUAAUUUAUUUUGAUGUAUCUUUUUCAAAGCCCAAACAUAUUUGGGCUACUUCUUUGGAGCAUUAUUUGCUCUUGCUUGCUUUUGUCUGUAUAAUGAGUUUGAAAAGUUAAAUGAAGGCUAAAGGCCAGUUCAUAUGUGCUCACUGCCCAAGGCCUGAUGACUAUCCUUCCCUUGCCCAAUUCUUUCCUGCCUUGAUGGUGAACAGGUUUAUCCUUGGUGAGUACAAUUGGCAGUUUUUAAAGACUGCUUCCAAAUCUCUGCCAUAGAACAGUUAUGUGGCAUGACAUGUUUGAGAUAGGAAUAAAGCAAAGCAAAAACUACCUAUCUGGUUACUAAAAUAUAUGAAGCAGUCCCUGGUUCUUUAAAACUUGCAAUGCAUUACUUUCAAGAAAGCCUGAGUAAAAUUAUGAAGGAGAGGUAUGUCAUUGAAAGGAUCAGGCAGCUCUUCAAAUUGCCAAAGCUUUGAAGACGACCCAAAUUCUUCGAGCCCAUGUGGAAAUAAAAGCAUUGGUCCUUGGAGAGAUCCAUGGAAUGGCCCUACUAGCCUGUUCUGCCUGUUGCAAUUUAGCAUCAUGUUGAUAUGCUUGCUCUAUUUAGGAACUGAGAGCAUAGCUGCUGAUGCUGCUACCAAUGCACAAAAUUGACCCAUUAAAUUCUACAUGUUCAGAAAAUGAAACAAGGAGGAGCACACAAAGCUUUUUGCUCAUUGAUGGGAGUAGAUGAGUUCUCGUUAUCUAAACCUACAAGAGCCAGCUUGGUUGCCAAUCCUUGGUUUGGAAAACUGCAAUCUGAAUGGUUGACAACUUAAUGAAAGCAGCUCCCACUCGAUAUGAAUAUUGGGGGGAGGGGGCUAAUUAGAAUGAUGCUCUCUUGGGGUCACAAAAGUGAAUUUCAGGCCAGUACCUGAGAAGGGAAAUGGGCUGGUUUCUGAAAAAGGUAAAUGCUAUCCAGUAUUUGAGGCUCCUUCUGUCCUGCAAAUCAUGGACCAUAGCAAUUUCUCUGUCUGUAGCAGAAAGAGUUGCACAUAAUUUGUUGUGGGAUCCAACCAAAAGUACAACUUUCUGAAUCCUCUGCUGUGUCUGUACUUUGUGAACUUGGCACUCUGACUGGGUUUCCUUGUAUAACCUGUCAUUGUAAUUC